AUGAAUCUUUUUCCUGUAAAUGAUCAUCAACAAGAAGACGUAAAAUUAAAUAUUGAUUCAAAUUUGAUCUAUGAUGAUAAUGAAGAUGAAUCGUUGUACUUGAAUAAUGAUAUUUUAUUGGAAUUUGCAACAUAUAAAAAUGAGAGCGAAUAUGGAAGAACCACAAACUCAUUGUUGUCAACUGCAAAUCAAGAAAAAAAGUCAGUAUCAAUGUUAGAUAUUAAACAAUCUUACGUAUCAUUUAUUUUACAACUUCGUGAGGAAUUCUUUUUACCGAAAAAUAUUACUAAUGCAAUAUCUUCUUACAUUGUGACUCUCAUAAAUCAUUUAGAAGUUUUAUUUGAAGCACAAACGCGUACUUUUAAUUAUGAUAAUAUCUGUUCAACAGCUCCGAGAGAAAAACCAACGGUUGAAACAAUUGAAUUAAAUAAAUUACAAAAUAUAAUGAAAAAUGUUUGUUAUGAAAUACAAAAUAUCACCAAAAAUGAGUAUCAAUUUAUAAAAAACUGUGAAGAAUAUUUUGAUUAUAUUCCACCUAAAGAAAUAAUUAUUUCAGCUAAUAAUGAAGAGUUAGAACAAGCAUAUUUUAUUCCGAUAGAUAAAACAUUAUCUUUAAUGCUACGUUCUCAACUUCUUCUUACUGAAAUUCUUCAAAAUAUUCAACAACAGCGGAUAGCAGUUAAAAAUGAUGAUAAUUUGAUGCUGUCGUACCGAGACGGAUCUUAUGGUAGUAGAAUUGAUGACGAUAGCUUGUUGAUCCAAUUGUACAUCGAUGAUAUAGGAGUGACGAAUCCUAUUGGUGCUAAAAAAGACCAACAUAAGUUGUCGAUGAUCUACUUUUCUCUCGAAGACCUACCUGAUCAAUAUCGAUCGCAACUUGAUUUUAUUAACUUAGUUGGAAUCUGUCAAAUUCCACUACGUUUUGAUACUCCAGGCAUUAUUUAUGAAGUUGAAUUACGUGACACUUGA